CGCGCAGUGCCACACAAACGAAGAAGCUCCACCUUGACAACUUCCUGUAGAGCAGUAACAUGUGAGAAAACGUGCCUUAUUGCAAUCGCACUGUUUACAGACAUUCAUAUGACAAGAUCUUUAAUGUUAUCGCGACUUGUAUAUAACAACAUCUGCUAGAGUCUGUAAUCAAGGGCGCUGUUUUAGAGACGUUUGCUGGCUGUGAAGAACAGUCGAGCUGAACUCGUGUUGAAAAUGCCCGCAGUCACUUUAUUUGUCAGGAGAUUACCUGCAACAGCCACCAAUGCAAACCUGGCUGAGGUUUUCUCUGAAAUAGGACCGCUGAAGAAUUGCUUUGUUGUCGGGGACAGAGAGACUAAAAAAUGUCGUGGCUUUGGAUAUGUUACAUUCUCAAUGGAAGAUGAUGCACAGCGGGCCAUAAAAGAAGUCAGAGAGUAUGAAGGCGAGAAGAUAUUUGUAACUGUGGCCAAGAAAAAGCCCGAUAAUAAGAAAAAGAAGAAGAAAGUAAAAACAGAAGAAGAUUCAGAAGAUAAAACGAAUCCAAAGCAUGAACCAACAGAAACCAAAAGUCCUGCAAAGAGUACAGGCAUAAAGAAGAACAAACUGAAAGCUCGACUGAUCAUCAGAAAUCUCAGUUUUAAGUGUGAAGAAGAUGAUUUAAAACAGAUCUUCUCUGAGUUUGGAACAGUGAUGGAUGCCAAGAUUCCCUUAAAACCAGAUGGAAAGAAGCGAGGUUUUGCAUUUGUGCAGUUUAAGAAUAUGGCAGAAGCUGGAAAAGCUCUGGCUGCGAUGAACCUGAAGGAGAUCAAAGACAGACAGGUGGCUGUGGACUGGGCCAUUGCAAAAGACAAGUAUCUCGCCAACCAAUCAGCGGGAGCAGCUGGAACCAUCAAAGAAGAGAAUGUGAAUUCUAAAGGUGCAGGAGCUGAUGGGAAAGAAAAAGAGGCCAAGAAAAAGCCCACAUUACAGGAAACAAAGGAUGACUCUGAGUCAGAAGAAGAAGAGGCGUCCGAGGAUGAUGAUGAUGAUGAAGCCAAUAGUAGUGAAGCAGAUAAUGCCGAAAAUGACUCUGAAUCUCAGCAGACAGACAGUGAUGCCAGUGAACCUGAAGACGAUGAUGAUGAUGAUGAUGACUCCGACGACGCUGAGGGAAAAACUCCUCCAAAGAAGAAGAGAGACCCUCUUCCUUCAGAUGUGAAUGAGGGAAGAACCAUCUUCAUCAGAAAUCUGGCCUUUGACACAGAUGAAGAGGGUUUGGAAGAAGUGUUGUUGCAGUUUGGUGAGCUAAAAUACGUUCGUGUGGUGAUGAGCGUAGACACAGGAUAUUCAAAAGGUUGUGCUUUUGCUCAGUUCAAAAGUAAAGAAGCGGCAGACAAAUGUAUCGCUGCUGCUGCUGAAGAUGAAAAAGAGUUUGGUGGCAUUAGGGUUGAUGGCAGGAGAUUGAACGUUUUGCCUGCAGUAAACAGAGAAGACGCUACCAAAUUCAAGGACAAGAAAGUGAAAACUCACACAGGCUCCAGGAACCUUUACCUCGCCAGAGAGGGCUUGAUUCGUCCUGGAUCCAAGUCUGCAGAGGGAGUUUCAGAAACUGACUUGGCCAAGAGGACAAGAGUGAGUAUGAAGAACAGACAGGUGGCUGUGGACUGGGCCAUUGCAAAAGACAAGUAUCUCGCCAACCAAUCAGCGGGAGCAGCUGGAACCAUCAAAGAAGAGAAUGUGAAUUCUAAAGGUGCAGGAGCUGAUGGGAAAGAAAAAGAGGCCAAGAAAAAGCCCACAUUACAGGAAACAAAGGAUGACUCUGAGUCAGAAGAAGAAGAGGCGUCCGAGGAUGAUGAUGAUGAUGAAGCCAAUAGUAGUGAAGCAGAUAAUGCCGAAAAUGACUCUGAAUCUCAGCAGACAGACAGUGAUGCCAGUGAACCUGAAGACGAUGAUGAUGAUGAUGAUGACUCCGACGACGCUGAGGGAAAAACUCCUCCAAAGAAGAAGAGAGACCCUCUUCCUUCAGAUGUGAAUGAGGGAAGAACCAUCUUCAUCAGAAAUCUGGCCUUUGACACAGAUGAAGAGGGUUUGGAAGAAGUGUUGUUGCAGUUUGGUGAGCUAAAAUACGUUCGUGUGGUGAUGAGCGUAGACACAGGAUAUUCAAAAGGUUGUGCUUUUGCUCAGUUCAAAAGUAAAGAAGCGGCAGACAAAUGUAUCGCUGCUGCUGCUGAAGAUGAAAAAGAGUUUGGUGGCAUUAGGGUUGAUGGCAGGAGAUUGAACGUUUUGCCUGCAGUAAACAGAGAAGACGCUACCAAAUUCAAGGACAAGAAAGUGAAAACUCACACAGGCUCCAGGAACCUUUACCUCGCCAGAGAGGGCUUGAUUCGUCCUGGAUCCAAGUCUGCAGAGGGAGUUUCAGAAACUGACUUGGCCAAGAGGACAAGAUUUGAGGAGCUGAAAAGGUCAAAGUUAAAGGACAUGAACAUUUAUGUGUCUAAAACACGGUUGUGUGUUCAUAACCUGCCUAAGAAUGUGGAUCAACAGAAACUUCAGAAGCUCUGCCUCUCUGCUGCUGGUGGUAAAGGGGUCUGCAUUACGGAGUGUCGUGUGAUGUAUGACAAGAAGCCUAUUCGUGGUCAGGUGAUCGGCAAGUCUCUGGGAUAUGGCUUUGUGGCGUUUAAAGAGCAUGAGCAUGCUCUACAAGCCCUACGUCACCUCAACAACAACCCAGACAUCGUUGGACCCCAAAAGAGACCCAUAGUGGAGUUCUCUCUGGAGGAUGGAAGAAAGCUGAAACUUAAAGCCAUUCGUUUGGAAAACAGCAAGAAGCAACUCAAAAAAGGCAGUAGCCAAAAAGGAGAGCAACUGCCGCAGCAGCAGCAGCAUUCUGGGAAGAAGAAAGGACCUUUGAGGAAAGGAAAUGCAGCUAAUGUUGUUAAACAGGAGAAGGAACAAGGAAGCCAGUACAGCGGCUUUAUGACCAAACCAGAGGUGGAGCAUGUAGAACUGAAGGAUGGCAAAAAGCGGCCCAAGGUUCUGCACAUGCCUUCACACAGAGGCCCAAAGAUCAGGAAACGCGAUAAAGGGAAACAACCCAUGGUACAACCCAAGAAACAGAAGAAAGUGCCCAGCAGGAAAGAGAGAAAGGGGCCUACUUUCAUUGAGAAAUCCAGCACGAACAGGAAACCGAAUACCAAACCUGCCAAACUAAAGUUCCAGAACAGAGAGGAUGUCCGCUUUGACACACUGGUGAACCAGUACAAAAAGAAACUAAUGGGAACAUCAAAUACUAAGACUGCAGUCAAAAAGAGCAAAUGGUUCAGCUGAACAUGUGAGACUGAAAGAACAUGUGAAAAAUGUUGAAAACCUCAGAGGAGGACUAAAUGUAAUACUUUUGAGUUUUUAAAACGGAAAAAGUCAGUUUUUCGCCAUGUGAUGUUGUUUGUUUGCCUCAGAAGUAUUUCCUUUAUAGAUAUAACAGAAUGCAGAGAUGGUUCUAAUACGUA